GGCGGGGUCGGCUCAAGCAGUGGACCGGGACAGGGCAGUGAAUCGAUCUGUGACGAGUACACGUCUUGGGAGUCAGGGAACGUCAAGCGUAUCAAUGAUCAAUGCCCAACCAAGGUCGCUUGCGCUUCUUCUCAUUUUCGACAUUUCAAUCAUUCCACCGUUGCCUUGCUGUGUCUAGAGAUUCUUGCAGAUGCGUACCUAGGUAUUCUGUGUUCUCAGUUUUCUACUAUGUAACUUGCCUUCGGAUGAGGACCACUUGCCGUUCACUUCACUGCAUGUCGUGGUACCACCUGAUUGACGGCGCAAGUUCAAGCCACCGAGCUGGAAGCUCGUCUCACUGAGCUGCUGACUGAGAGUGGGGAUGCGACAGGCAAGACUGUGUUUCCGGCGACCGAGCGCAAGCCAUCGCCCACGUCUUUCUUUGUCCUUUCGAUGUAAUUUACCACGAUGAGUGAGCACAAGUUGUAUCACCACCAACGGAACGCACUGCGCGUGCACCAGCAGGUGUAAAGGUGAAUACCUUAUGAGCUAUUUCUGCCAUUCUGUAACAUGUGGCGGAAGAAGGCAGGCAGCUCCCGUCUGGCUCAACGAGACACUACCUACCAUACGGCAAACAGGGCACGCAGUGGUCCGGGUGUUCAACGGUGCCGUGUUGAGUGGCCCUCAGCAGCGACGGGAGGCACCCAUCGCAGCAACCCCCCGCCAGGUAGCGCUUUCGGACCUGACGGGACCAAACCGCUCCCGAUAUAAAUACUCCCCGCCUCUCGUUGUCCUCCUCUUUUCCGACUGCAAGUAAGUUCGGCAACUUCGCCUCGUGUCUUUACGUUUGAGUGUCCCUGAACUCCUUCAUGCUAUGGGGUAAGUUCUCAUCACUGAUUACUUAUCGUACCUAGAGGUACCUUUGCAGCUUUUCCCACACUUUAUUCGGCGCUGACCCACCUCGAUUGCCCGGUGACCCUGCGUGCCUGCUACGCGUAUCGGUAUUUGUUGCAAAGCCGCACUCUGGGCCGUCAAUACCUCUGCGCAACCAUCACCAAAACCUGAAAAGCACACGAGCCUGCAAUCGCUAGCGUGGGCCCCCAGCGUUGCUUGUUUGUGGUGGCACCACUAGAAUAUUGUUAUGAAAAUGUGUGCCGUAACGAACAAGCGAGGGGCGCAUCAGGAAAUGCAAAGAAAAGCACCCGGCCUGCCCAGUCUGUUGCUGCUUGCUCGCAGUCUCACACAUCCACUAACUCUGAAUCUGGAGCUUAUAAUCCGUCUCACAGCAGCAAAGAACAGCAUACACUCAGAGGCAAACCACGUCUUAGAACUUGUAGCGAGGGAGGAAGCGAUGCAACUGUGUCAUGUCAUAACACCAUGUGGCGUAAAUUCGGGCAGCACCAUGCUAACAAUACCAGCGUUGCGAGCAGUUUCACUGGGAAAUCUGCGGUGGGGCGCCAACUCGACUCGUAAAGUUCGUCAAAGGUUGGUUGGUGUGUGGGAUGAAGAUCGUGGCCUGGGAGCUUCCUGUACACUACCAGAGAUUAUCGCAGCACAAGAACGAUGUCCAGCUCCGGGAACGCGCUGCGUUGUUCAACCGCGAAGCAGUGACUGAUCGUUAAAGCCAUGCGACCUUCGGAAAGAGUGCCCGUUACUCAUCGUCAGACCCCCUAGAGUUCACCACCUCAUGGGCUAGCUAACCAGAGACAGAUAGAUCGUUGAUCCCGGAAACAAGUGCACGCAAGUCCUGGCAGCCGACCUUUAGGCCGCACAGCCCCGCCGCUUUAUCCAUACUUACCUACCCUGUCGCUUAAGCACUUAUCCAUUGGCUCAGCGUGAACGACUU